AAAGUUGCAUUCAACGCAUUAGAAUGGAAUGACAGGGUUGUAACCUAGCAACAGCAGCAAUUAUUGUUUAAGAGACCUAAUUGUUUUUAUUUCAGUGUUUACUGAUGAAGACAUUUUAAAGCCCAUUUUCUGGAUAGGAAGGUUUAUGGACUGUGUUUGGCUCCAUGUCUGAACUGGAGGUGCUGAGACUGUUGAUGAAACAGAGACUCCAUGCGGCUGCUGAGGAGAUUUUUGGGCUGUUUGAGAAAACUAGAGCAGAUUACGAGGAGCAAAACCAGCGACAACACAAACUACUGGACGAUGUUGUCAACCCUAAAGUUCAGCUACACGGAUCAGAUGUCCAGCAACUGUUGGUGAUUAAAGCCGAUUUUCCCCCUGAGUGGAGCCCCGGCCUGGACCAUGAGGACACAGACCCCCUCCACAUAAAAGAGGAGCAGGAGGAAGUCUGGAUCAGUCCGGAGGGAGAGCAGUUCAAUGGGCUGGAGGAGGCCAACAUCGCCCGCUUCCCUUUCACUCCUGUUCCUGUGAAGAUUAAAGAUGAAGAUCGGUCUUCGCAGCUCCAUCAAAGCCCAACGCAGGACAACAGAGAGGCAGAGCCUCCCGCCAGCUGCUCAGCUACGCAGAUAAAAACAGAAACCGAUGGAGAGGACUGUGGAGGAUCAGAACCAGCCAGGAACCCAGAACCAGAUACUGAAUCACAACCAGAUACCGAUGAUGAAAGGGUUUCAGACUCUUCUGACACUGAACUCAGUUAUGAUGAUUGGCAAAAACCUUUGUCCGAUUCCGGAUCCGAAACCGAAAACAGUGAUCGGAUGGAGACCAGGGCACCUGAGCCGGCUGCAAAUGCUCUGAAACUUAAGGAAGUCCCUUUAAGUGAUGAGCGAUGUAACGCUGGCAAAAAAUCCUUUGGCUUCUUUAAGUGUAGUAGAAGAUUUUACUACAAGGGAUGGCUUCAGGGACACAUGAAAUGUCAUUUUGGAAAGAGGUCUUCUAGAUGUUUGGUUCCUAAGAAAUGUUUGAGAGCGAAGCAAAAGGUGGAUUCACAGACCAGAGUCCACACAGGAGAGAAACUAUCGGGUUGUGAUGUUUGUGGGAAAGUGUUAAAAAGGAAGGCAGAUCUUCAGCGACACAUGAGAAUCCACACAGGAGAGAAAUCGUUUGGUUGUGAUGUUUGUGGGAAAAGAUUUACUCACCAGUCAACUCUUAAGAGACACAUGAGAGUCCACACAGGAGAGAAACCAUUUGGUUGUGAUGUUUGUGGGAAAAGAUUUAACCAGCAGUCAACUCUUAAGACACACACAAGAAUCCACACAGGAGAGAAAUCGUUUGGUUGUGAUGUUUGUGAGAAAAGAUUUAACCAGCAGUCAACUCUUAAGAGACACAUGAGAAUCCACACAGGAGAGAAACCAUUUGGUUGUGAUGUUUGUGGGAAAAGAUUUAAACAGUUAGCACAUCUUAAGACACACAUGAGAAUCCACACAGGAGAGAAAUCGUUUGGUUGUGAUGUUUGUGAGAAAAGAUUUAAUCACCAGUCAACUCUUAAGAGACACAUAAGAGUCCACACAGGAGAAAAACCGGAAAUUUACCAGGAAGGCAAAUGUGAAGUCACACAUGAGAGUGCACACAGGAGAGAAAUAGUUCUUUUCAGUCUGUUGUGAACGAUUCAUUGUGUAAAUGUGUUGUUAAGAACCACAACAGUUUUUAUCAUCUUUUAUUGUUUUGAUGUAUUUUACAUUUGUCUUUCUUUUGUGUUCUGGGUUUAAAAUCUGUAAAUUGUUUUAAAUGUUCCCUUUGUCAAAGUUGUGUUUAG